CGAUGUUAUAGCUCCACAUUUAAGAAAGGUUAAAACUUUUUCGCACAGUUGCGAUAUUUGUGGAGAUAAUUUUAAUUCUGAUAAAAACUUUAAACAGCAUUUAAAAAGUCAUACAUCUGUUGUGCCUAAUGAAUACUGGAAGUGCCCACUGUGUGACAAGAAAUCAAGCAAAACAAUUAUUCUGCAGCACCUGCAGAGUGAUCAUGAACUCAGUUUAGACAUCGAAACACUUAAUUUUUCUACAUUUGAUGACUUCCAAAAUUGGAAAAAAUCCAUAGAAAAGGACUCUAUGUCUGCAUAUCUUGUCCAGAGAGGAGUAUUCAGAAAACAUGAUGGAACAGAAAAACAUUCUUUUGACUGUCAUCGUUCUGGUCAUUUUAUAUCGAAAAGCAAGGGAAUUAGGUGCAUGAAAGCACAGGGCUCUAAAAAAAUAAAUGCAUAUUGCCCAUCAAAUAUGCAAGUGGAAGUUUCCCCUGAUGGCUCACGUAGUGUGCAAUAUUUGAGGAAACAUGUUGGACAUACAAAUGAUUUGUGCCAUUUGUUCCUUACAAAUGAGGAACGUAAGCAUCUUGCAUUAAAAAUGGCAAGCAAAAUACCUUUGCAAACAAUACUAGACGAAGUAAGAGAUGAUACUUGUGCUACAGGAUUGCAAAGGAUUGAUUUGGUAACAAAUCAAGACCUAUUGAACAUUGAAAAAAGUUUCAAUCUCGGAACAAGCCACGUCUAUCAUGAAGACGAUGCAGUGAGUGUCCAAGCUUGGGUUAUCCAAACAAUUACCCAAACUUAUUGAUAUCCA